AUGGCACGAGUAUUGAUCAUAUCACUCCUGGUGGUGACUACUGCUUCAGUAGUCUUCGGGAGAGCUCGCCAAGUUCAACAACCGGCGCCCGAUUUUUCGGAUCUAAAGUUCUUCGUCAAAGGGAGGAACCUGGUGUGGCCUAGCCGGGACACUGAGCAAACUUUUUCAAAAAACGGCCGCUACGACAGAAGAAGCAUUAUUGGCACCAGGAUUCAGCUGUUCGAGGACCAGGUCUUCAUCGCGUUUCCUCGACUCAAGCCUGGAGUUCCAAUUACUCUCGGAGUUGUCAAGCAUGGAAAUAAAAAUAUCUACGAGGCGUUUCCUUGCUGGGCGAUGCAAGAAGAAGGGAACUGCGAUAGCCUUCAAAGCAUUGUUGAUAUUUCUGUUGAUGACAAUGGUAUCCUUUGGGCCUUGGAUACUGGGACUGUUAAUACUCUAACGCAGCCUGUCUUCAGAUGUAAACCCAAAGUUUUCGCAUUUGAUAUUAGAAACAAACAGUUGAUAAAAGUCAUUGACUUGAACCAAUUAAUUGUCGAAAAUUCAAGACUGCAGGACCUUAUUGUCGACUACGGAGAAGACGGUAAAGUGUAUCUUUACAUCAGCGACGCCUCAGGCAGAGGAAUAAUUGUCUACGAUGUUGUUGGCAACAGUGGGUUCCGUAUGAGCUUACCCCAAGCAGUGAAUCUUGCAAACUCGAAAAAAGAUGUUCUGCAAAUGUUACUUGUUCGUAAAGCCACCGGUCCGGAACUGUACUUCACUUACUUGGGCUCUAGUCGUGUGUUCAGUAUCAGGCUGGAUCACUUAAGAAGAGGAGCUGGUGCUGAUAUUAUUGACGUUGGAUCAAAAUUGAACAGUAUGAUCUUCUUGGGGACAAAUGGGGGUAAUGUAAUCUUCUUUAGAUACAAAGGACAACCUGAUGUUUAUCUAUGGGACACCAACACAGCUUUCGGGCAAGAAAAUUUCGUCAUUGUACAGAAAGGCGACGAUUGUCAUUUGCCAACAGAUAUAGCGGUGGGUCCUCAAGACACUUUAUGGACAAUUGGAAGCAACUUGCAGGAUUAUAUCCACGAUACUAUACCCUCGAAUGGUGCAUCAAUGAUCAUUCAUCCUUUGGUUAAAAAUUGUUGA